AGCAGCAACAGCAGCAGCAAUAGUGCCGCAGGCGAAGAAACUGAGGGUCACGCUGAAGGAGACGACAGCAAGAAGAAAAGAAGUAAUGGAAAUCCCAGUCCGCCACCGUCGCCGUUUUACGGCAAUCUUCUGGCUGAUGCUGAUCACUUAUUACCGUUGCAACACUAUAUCCUUCAACAAGCGAAAUUAUCAGGUUGUUACAAGUUCGGAGAUCCUUUAUUAGUAGAAGAAGGAGAAGAUUCUUUGGAUGAGGAAGGCGGCAGGGGCGAAGGUAUCGGCGGAAGAGGUGAUGACGAUUCCGAUGAUCAAUUCGCGGACGACGAAGCGGCCAGCAAUCAAGGCGAUUCGUCCAGUCAAGAAUAUCUCGAGGAUCACUACGCGGAUUUAGGUAAUUAUGACACCGCGGGCUUAGCGACUUAUUACACCACGGCCGACACUCUAACAAGGCCGCAAGCGCGACCGCCGUCACCGCCGAAUAUUGUGUCUCAGACGGAAGCGAGAGACAGUGUGGUGACUACAAGACAGGUCUCUAUACCUACCGUAAGUUCAACUCCAAGUAUUGGCAUAACGAAUGUCGAUAACACUGACCUGGAUGAAGCGCGGAGAGACGACAGUACGGGCGGUGGCGACAUCGAGAAAUACGCACAGGACAAUCUCAAUUUGAAUUGCGGCAGACCGAAAGGGUUGAGAUUGUUGUUUCGAAAGAAAUUUAGCGUGCGGGACAUUCUCAGCUGGUCGAAAGAUCCAAUACCGCAACCGAUGCUCGCGAUGGUGGACGGCGAGAAGCUACUCAAGAGGGAGGCUUGCAAUUUAUUCCGAUUGGUUCAAGUGUACAUGGGAGAUCGCAAAGCCAACGUCGGCAUGACAUUGGACGGCGUCGCCAUGGAUAUCGUGAAUACCGCGUUCACGAAGCCACCUCUGCGGGACGAGUUGUAUGUUCAGAUCUGUCGGCAGACGACAGAGAAUCCGCGGAAGGAGAGUCUGCGACGCGGAUGGGAAUUGAUGGCUGUGUGUCUAGCUUUCGUGCCGCCUAGCGCCACGUUCGAGCCCUACCUGGAGGGCUAUAUGAACAGGCAUCGCGAUCCCAACUUCCAGUUCCCCGAGGUCGCCAAGUGGCCAAUACACGUGCAAGUCAGUCAUUAUGCGACCGUAGCUUGCAAACGAUUGCAACGGAUCGGCGCGCACGGCAAACGACAACCUCGCAAGGCCACAGUGGAGGAUAUCGACCAAGCGAGGAUACAAAUCUUUCGCGCGUCCAUGUUCGGCGCGACGCUCUCGGAAGUUAUGGCUUUACAAAGGGACCGCUUCCAGCACAGAGAGUUACCAUGGAUACAAACAACGCUGACGCGGCAAGUGCUCGUGCGUGGCGGCACGCUGACAGAAGGUAUUUUCCGGGUGUCCGCGGACGCCGACGAAGUCAGCGCGUUGAAAUCCUGCUUGGAUAGGUUCGAAGACGGGGCAAUUCUGGCAGCUUCUCAAGACGCUCACGCGCCCGCCUCCUUGCUGAAGUUAUGGGUACGCGAAUUGUACGAGCCGUUGAUACCGGAUUCCUUCUACGUAGAAUGCGUGUCCAUGCGGCACGACGAUCCGGAAGCCUCCGCGGCAAAUGUGGCUACGAUCGUUGAACGUUUACCAGAUCUUAACCGUCGUGUGCUGUGUCAUCUAAUACGCUUCCUACAGAUAUUCGCUAGACCCGAGGUGGUCGCCCGUACUAAAAUGGACGCCAAUAAUCUUGCGAUGGUGAUGGCGCCGAAUGUAUUGCGGUGUACGUCCCAAGAUCCUCGGGUAAUCUUAGAGAAUGCACGGAAGGAGAUGGCCUUCGUCCGUACUCUCAUCGAGUCAUUAGACACCGCUUGGGUCGAUGAUCUUCACUGACCGUAUCCUAUCGCGCUAGAAAAAAGUCCGCUCUAGACUAUUAUGCCAAAUGAAUCAGCUGUAUAGUCACGUCUAUUGUUAGUUAUCUCUCUUUUUCUCUCUAUCUCUCUCUUUCACUGUUCUCAAUUUAUCUUCACAUUCUUUUUGUUUAUCCAGUCACUAGUUUUCCCCAUAGUUCCCUACAUGAAUGUUCUUCGUAACAGUAAUUUAGUGCUAAAGUCUUACCAAGCUAAUCGAUCAACCCGCUCCCUUAUUUCCUAUUUAUUAUUUAUAUACAGAUUCUAUGUUAUAUGACAGAUUUUAGAGAUUAUAUUAGAUUAUAUUAUGUAUAUCGCUAUAUUAUAUCAUAUUAUAUAUUUUACCAAUCCCUUGUUACCGCGUCGAACAAACGUGGACGGCUUUUUUACUCAAUCAUUGUUGAAUCUCGUGUAAGAUAAAAAAAAAGAAAGAAUCAUGUGUUACCGUGUAUAGCUGCGCUCCGCGAUAAUCUUUUUGUAUAAGCAACGGAUUAACGUGUAAAGCGUUUUAUCGAGGAGUAAACACUGCGAAAGAUUAGCAAGCUGUA